GAGUCGAUGUUUUUAGGACUGUAGGAACAUUUCACUGCUUGUGUUUUUAGCUGCAAUAAAUAUACACAAACCAGCAUUACUUUGGAGAGAUUUCCCCUGCGCAGCCUCGUGGCAACUUUACUGUUGUUGGUUUGAUAGUCGUUCUACAGUGCAGUUACAGCUUACAGUAGAUGUGAGUCAGUUUGGAGAAGCAGCAGGAAGCUAAGUUAUAAAUGUAACAUAACUGCUGUGUAAGAGGGCAGCUGCAGCUAAACAUGUUUUAUCCACUGAAAGGCUCACCCUAAAGAAAGUCAAUUCACAUGUCUACUGUACUGUAUAUCUCUCUCCAAUAACUUCCAUUUACUAAAUGUUUCUUCAUCACUUCCAUUAUGUUAAGUCAUUUCUGCACUGUUGUUGCACCAAGCACAAUCUAAUGUUGUUAUUUGGCCAUAUUAGUUGCUCACUUGAACGGUGCCAUGUCUUAAACUAACGUUACUGACUGUUGUUACAGACUGUUACAGUCUGUAAAUCCUGUUGUUUUCUGCCCCACACUGAAGCAGUAAUACAUUUACCAGUGAUGAUCUUCACUGCAUAUUACUGCUGAGAUUAAAUAAAUCCUUCAUCAGCAUUUGAGGUUUUAAGUCAUGACAUGGAUCUACUGGUACAGGACAUUGUCAUGUUUCAGGUCAUCCACAGGGUUCAAGGUCCAUUUCAAAGUUUGUACAGGUUCUGUGAAGGACUGAAAACUCUUGGGGUUCUGGACCAAAUACGACGACAUCCAGACAGCUUUCGACCCCUGUUCUGCUAUGAGCCGAACACACUGACUGCUGACCAGGUGGAUGAUCUUUUCAGCAUUCGUCUCUCUCCAGAAGGGAGCAACAAGAGAGCUGCUGAGGAGAUGGUUGUUGCUUUCUGGAGGGACUAUCUCCAAGAUGCAGAAGAAGAAGAAGGGCCAUCCAAACUAGAGAAGAUAUUGGCCUUCACAACUGGAGCAUCUGUGGUACCACCUAUCGGCUUUUCCCCAACUCCUUCUGUCCAGUUCAUUCACAAAGGAGAUGAUGGCUUCUCUACAUCAAUGUUCCCUCUUGCCAACACAUGUGUUAACUGCAUCAAGUUGCCACUACAUGUGUCUUACCAACUGUUCAAGGAAAAGUUUGACUUUGCAUUAGGAAACACAUAUGGGUUUGGCAGGGCAUGAACAUGUCAUGCUCUGAAAACUCGAGACUACCUCUGCCUGAUUAGGUCUCUGUUUGUCUCUCUUGAACUGUAUUUGAAUGUUCGUUCCUUUGAACAAAUGUUUAUCAUGUUCAUUUAUUUUUCAUAAAAUGUUUUACAAUGUUUUAACCAAACUUUAAUUCACAGAAUACACUGCACAAGUGAAGAAAACAUUUUAGCAAACCUUAACAUAACUCUCAUGUUUAUUGAAGAAAGUGCAGAAGUGAAGCAAAAACAUCUAUUCCAUGGUUCCCAUCAUUUUCAAGUGGGUUCACUUGUUGAAUAAUGUUCAUUGUGGUCUCAUUAAUGGUUACAUCUAUGUCUGGGAUCACAACAUUAUUAUUAGUUUGAAGUUCAGGUAAUGGCCCUUCUUCAUCAAUGCCAUAGUAGUUGUUGGCAUCAAAAAUGCUGUUUAUAGCUGGAUGGAUUCCUGCAUUAUUAAUUACACCUGAAUGCCACAGCUGAAGAGGUGUCUGCCCCCCUUGUGUGGAGAGGCCAUGGUUGUUCCAUUGAUUGAUGAAUUCUGUUACUGCUCUAUCAAUCCUUGGUAAAUAAACAUAAUGCAGACAAAAUAAA